CUAUAUAAACUCAGUCCAAUCAGCCAGAUUGCACAGGAUUUUGACAAGAGUGGUCUGGCGUUUCUGCAAAUCUGAUUUAGUACUUUUGGACUACCGGAUGAGAGGAUAACUACCAUCACUGGAAAAGUGAACUUCUGCUGAGAACUGACCUCUCGUUGGUUGGCUUGACCCACCUGGAGGACCACCUGCUGGUUGGAACUGCCCUUGAGCAAGACAACCACCACACUGAGGCCCCCCUGGGAUUUCGGACAGCAUUGCUGACUGAGCUGAGGUGAUCAGGCCCAUCUACUUAGAAGGUAUGUAUUGGUCCUCAGAUGACAAGGGUGAUGAGAUAAGUGAGCUUGACAGUGAGUUUCCAGAAGGCGAGUUCUACCUGAUGUCCUCAGAUGAGGAAGCUGAGUAUGAGGAAGGUGAGUACUACCCUGUGCUGUCUUCUGAUGAGGAAGGUGAUCUUGACAGUGAGUUUUCAGAGUGCGAGUUCUACCCGAUGUCUUCCAAUGAGGAAGGUGAGUACAUCCCUUUCCCCCGUCCCCUGUUCCUUCUUGUCUUUCUAGUAUUCAGAUGCUGUACCUCAGUGAUCUCAGUCUGUCCUCAGAUGAGGAAGGUGAGUUUGUUGGCGAGUAUAUGGAAGGUGAGCACUACCCUGUGCUGUCUUCGGAUGAGGAAGGUGAGUAUGAGGAAGGUGAGUACAUCCCCCCAGUGUCUUCUGAUGAUGAAGACGAUGAUGACAGCAUUAAUCUGUCUGCCUGGUCUGUCAGCAUCAGGACUGAUGAGUCUGGUGAUCACAGCUCGGAAGAAGAGUUGAGGAGAUGCAAAACAUUAUGGAAGACGUGAAAAAAAAGUUUCCAGCAGUUUCCUUGAUGAAGAAGAAGUUUGUUCUCCCGAGCAGAUGAGAGGGAUAGCUGACCACAAGACAAGUUGGAAACUAAGACUUCAGAAGUUGCAAAGGGCAGAACUCCAACAUCAAAUAUGGCGGCGACUAUGACGUAAUAUGUCUGUGGCCUCUACUGGAGUGCGCUCUACCAGCGGUGUUCUCCUCUGAUUGGUUAUCCUCACUGCCUCGCACAUUUUGUACUUCCGGUGUUGGAUGUUUGCGGAUUAAACCCGAACACAUCCACCUUCAACACGCGCUGCGAACCACUCUAGAGCCAGAGUUCUCUGCUGUAUACAAGUGCACCGACACUGCCAGUAUAAAUGGCGAAACGACGCGCCGAGGACCCGCUGCUGCUGCCCGACUCUCCCUCCAAGAGAUGCUGCCGCUCUCUCUGCAGUGUUGACAUGCAGUUGGGAAGCAUGGCUCCCAUCGGGGGUGUGAGCCCGCCGUCCCUGCUGGCUCUGCUGGGCAGCCGCUCCAGAAAGAGGCCGAGUUACUUCGAGGAGCCGGAGGUGGGAGAUGAAGAAGCGGUGCUUCUUUGUCGCAAGGCCACACACUGCUGCGACACGAGGAAACACGCGGCCAGUGUUGCAGUGCAGGCUUCUGGAAGUUUCCAGGACCGUCGCUGUUCCAGCACACUAACGAGCUCCAAGAAACGACAUCGAGAGGAAUGCAAGGCUUUAGGGACUGCCACUCCUCAAGUUAAUGAUAAAGCUGAGGAAGACACCAACACCGAAGACUGCACCUACAACUCCUUCCAGUACUGGAGGGUUCCCUUACCUGAACUCGACCUUUCACUGCUAGAAGAUGCCUGUGACCAUUCUCAAACAAAAGACACGCCAAAAGGCAAAGUCUCUUCUUCUGAUGCCAUGGAAACCUGAAGUUUGAUUCUGUUCUGACACCUGCAGACAAACAUGAGGAUGAAAAUGAGAGGCUGUUCAGCAGACAGACACGUCAAAAGCACAUGAAGUUGCUUGAAAUGCAUCCAGGUGAGAUUAACCUGAUGUUGCAGACUGCUAUGGUUGCCCAGAGUGAAUCAGGCUGUAGUGAGUGAGCCUCCUGCUGCUGGAAGAUGUCAGUGACUUGUUAUGAAACAGCAGUGAGAUUUGCACUGCAACAACCCUGUUCUUACAGUGAGGACCAAAACAUUUUUUUAAAGCUCAGUGAAGUGUUCCUUCUGCAAAUUCUACAUAUUUUCAUUUAAAGUUGAAAACAGCUUUGUGUGAGAAGCAUUUCAGAUAGUGUGGUGUUCAACCGUGACUAGUGUCUUUUUGUUUUUGUGCACAGUCCUUACCUUGCAAACUUUAUAUAACCUUACAGAGAUUAGGUGUGAAAAGUCGAGUCUGUACACCACAGUUUCUAUUAAAAAAUGUUUAAUAUCUU